AUGAUUAUUCAGACGAAAGAGACCACAAAGCCUCGAAUUCGAGAUCUUGGCUAUGCGCCGGGAAGGUUCGCACCAGGGCCCCAAAAUUCUAUUUUGGAUGUGAAUGGCGUUAAAGUUGGUCAAGUUACCAUUCACCAAGAGCCCGGCAUUCAUACAGGAGUCACCGUUAUCUUACCUCGCGGCCCUGAAGACACUGCCCUCUCUCCAUGCUAUGCCGCCACCCAUGGCCUGAAUGCUGCUGGCGAAAUGACGGGUGCUCAUAUGAUAUACGAAUGGGGUCACAUUGCUUGUCCAAUUGCAAUUACAAACACCAUCAGCAUAGGGAAAGUUUACGAUGCCCUGUUCUUAUGGUGCAUGGAACAGUCUCAAAAGAGGGGAGAGAGUGACUUAGAAGCUUUACGACGGUUUACGAUCCCAGUUGUAGCAGAAACAUUCGAUGGAUACCUCAACGAUAUCUGCGCGUCAGUCGUAGACAGGGAAAUAGUAAAUAAGGCCAUAGCCGCAGCACAGCAUCAGCCCAAGGUUCUUGAGGGCAACCAUGGAGGGGGUACCGCUAUGAUUUGCUCUGGUUACAAGGGCGGAACAGGCACAAGCUCGCGUAUUGUUCCUGGCCCGCAGAAGAACUACGCUCUAGGUGUUGUUGUGCAAGCUAAUCACGGCGGGCGACCGGACCUACGAAUCGCCGAUGUCCCAGUGGGACGGCUCUUGAUGGAUGAAGAUCGGAAGAAGGCAGCUGGGGAAACCAACAAGAAACCAGAGGUUCCUGAGGGUGGAAAAGCUAUGGAAGGCAGUAUUAUAGUGAUUGUAGCAACCGAUGCACCACUACUUCCACAUCAACUAAAAAGAAUUGCUCAACAUGCUGGAAUGGGUGUUGCUCAGGUCAGCGGCCACUCAGCUGGGCGGAACUUUUCCGGCGAGAUCUUUUUGGCUUUUUCAACUGGAACCUCACCAAACAAACUUGCCGAGGCGUCAAACGGGAUGUCCUAUUUGCCACCUGUAGAGACCCAAGGAGUGGAAACCGUCAGAAAUGAAACCAUUGAUGCAUUACUAUACGCUGUAUCAGAGGCUACUGAAGAGGCCAUUCUGAAUGCUCUAUGUCAGGCUGAAACUUUGACAGGAUUUCAAGGGAGGACAAUUGAAGCCCUUCCUCUGGACAGAGUGCAGGCUUUAUUAAACAGGUAUAUGAUACCUAAAGAAUAG